CGCCGGCCGCUCUCCGUUGGCGGCGGAUUCAAACUUUCUGACUGGGUCUCUGGGCCUGCGGAGACGUCAGAGUCGGGGUUCUCGGAGACCCCGUGGGGCGAGCUUCUGUGGGGCGUAGGGAGGACCCAGGAAGCUGAGGCGCCUGGUGCCAGAGAAGGAGGAUGGCGCCGACGACCACGGUCUCGCAGAGGAAACUGAUAAAGCGGAAGGCUCCCCGCGGCUUUCUAAAGCGCGUCUUCAAGCGACGGAAGCCUCACCUUCGUCUGACCACAGAUAGCGACCUACUGGUGCAUCUGAACUGUUUACUCUUUGUUCAUCGAUUAGCAGAAGAAUCUCGGGCAAAUGCGUGUGAGAAUAAGUGUGGUGUCAUUAAAAAGGACCAUGUACUGGCUGCAGCAAAGGUAAUUCUAAAGAAGAGCAGAGGUUAGAAGUCAAAGAACACAUUUUGAAAAUUAAUCAUGUAUUAUUUUAGGUGGUAUCAGAUCGUGAAAAAGCAUUUUUUAUAUAGUGGUUAAUAUUGUGUAUUAAAAUGUUGGCUAGUUUGAGGGAUGUGUGUGUUUGUAUAUUUUUUUUACUGGUAUUGAAAUAUCUCAAGUAAACUCCUAGAACUAUAUAACUUUGUUUUUGCGGAAUUGUUUCAUUUAAAGGGUGCUUUAGUUCAUUUUACUUCCCUUUUAUUGGCAUUGUAGAUGUUUUAUAUAUCAGAGAUGAAAUCUCAAUACAUGAAGCAGCUUGAAAAGAUGUAUUUCUUAGAAUUAAAUUUAUAAGUAUUUAGAUUUAGCCACAAUUAACUAUGGAACCAAUUUAAUCUCUGAAGGAAGGAAAUGUACAGUCAAAUCUAGGAACAUUUUAAGUAUUUUAACUCUUUAAUGCCCUUGUCUAAGCAAUGCAGUGUACUUUUAUGUUAGGCCAAUAGUGUAAUUAUAUAAUAUCUCAACUGUAAAUAUCAACAAAGUGUUUUCAAAACCUAUUUCCUUCCAAAACCAAAAAAAAUUACAGAGCAAACUGACUUAUUUUCUUCAAGUCACACAGCUAUAUUAGAUGGGUGUUUGUUUCAUCCCAAGUAAUUUUUUAGAAGUUUAUUGCAUAUCAUGUAAUAGUUAUGCUUUUAACUUUUUAUUUUGAACUUGCAAGGAUAGUGCAGAGAGGUCCAAUUGUAUUUUCUAUCCAGUUGUCUCCUAAUGGCUACAUCUUAGUUAUAGUACAGUAUCAAAACCAGGAAUUUUACAUGGUACAGUGUGCGUGUGUAAUUCUGUGCUAUUUUAACACAAUUAUAGAUUUGUGCAAGAACCAUUACCAUCAAGAUAUAGAAUUAUUUCAUCACUACACAGUUCUCCAUUAUGCUGUUCUACCCACCAUUGCACACUCAACCCUCCCCCUCCUACCUCCACCAGCCCUAAGCCCUGGAAACUGCUCAUCUGUUCUCCAUCUCUGUGACUUUCCCAUUGUGAUGGAAUCGUACAGGUUAUGACUUUUGAGAAUUUGCUUUUUUCACUCAGCAUAGCUAUCUUGAUCUCCUAUAUUAUUGCAUGUAGCAAUUUGAUCCUUUUUAUUAUUGAGUCGUACUCCAUGGUAUUUAUGUACCACAGUCUGUACAGUUAUUUACUCAUUAAGGGACAUUUUGAUCAUUUCUAGUUUUUGGCUAUCACUAAUAAAGCUGUUAU